AUGCCUGAUAGGAAAUCCGUUCAGCCUGCUAAGAAAAGAAAGGGAGGUGGCCAAUGGCAGAAACACCAACAAGGCAACAAGUCGGGCAUUGAGGGAGGCGACUGGGGAGUCUUCGUGUCGUGCGACUUGGGAAAGGAAGGAAAGUGUAUGGCAGAGGUAGUGGAUGUUUUCUCGCAGAGUGUGGAGUCAUCCAGCAGUGACAGUCAUGGAGACAAGCCCGACUCGGAUGAGGAGGAUGACGAUGAUGACAUCGAGGCCCUAAUCAGAAAAGAGGUCGAAGGACUGAAGCCCAGCGCGAGCAAGGCGCGCCCUUUUCAUGCCAUCAGAAUGGAUUUGCCGUGUCUGUUGUUUGUGCGGUUUGACAAAUCCAUCAAUCCAGAGGAAAUGGUACAUAAGCUUUGCUUAGACGCAGCUGCCAACCCUGAAAAGAAGCGAUCCCGAUACAUCCAACGCAUGACACCUGCAAUUUCCGUUCGCAAAACUCUCAGUGUCGACCUGGAGUCUUUUGCACGGGAAGUCCUCAAACCGCAUUUCCAUUCCGGGGGGCCUCCCAAGAAGUACGCAAUUCGACCUGUCGUGAGAAGCAACAAGAAGUUCAACCGCGACAUCGUCAUCAAGACUGUUGCAGAUGUCGUGGGGCCCGAGCAUCCUGUUGAUCUCAAGAACUAUGACUUGAUCAUCCUCGUCACCGUUAUCCAGAAUGUCAUUGGCAUGAGUGUUGCCGGAAGCGACUACGAUCGGUUAAAGAAGUAUAACCUGGCCGAGUUAUACAGUCCAGCAGCUACUUCAGAGGCAGAGGCCGCUGAAUCUACGAAGGACUAA